UCUUCAUCCAUCAAGAUGUCAACGCCAAGUCUGCCUACGGGCCUCCGAGAUUUAGGCGUUGAUGGUGGUGUAGAGGAUUCUCGUUUUCCAGCACCAUCCAAACAGGCAGCCGGGCUCGUCAACGGAACACAGACGGACGUGUCGUCUGUUUACUUCUCAGACAAGAUCCUGAUCACAAUCUCCCAGGGCGGUCGGUUAUCGCAAUGGAUCCAAGUACCACUCUCAUCCGCCUCUCCCACCACAUUCGAUACGGCGCUGCCAUCCAACAACGAAGACAUGCUUCCGCUCGGGCAUUUGACACCAAAGACGCUGCUUGGCGCAGGUGGUGAGCAACGAGAAACAUUGGGUCAUCUUUAUGCAAGUCAAAUCGCGAAUGUCAUUGCUACAAGGAAUCCCGAGGAAUCGAGGACGGUAGUUGUUGGACUUGGACUACAAAAAGUUGAGAUGGAGAGGGAGGCAUUCUUCGAUUUGUUGGAGCUCCUUCAGAAGGUUAUGUGAUGGGACAACAACUUCGCUGAAGGGCGCCGAUGAGCAUUUAUCACACUCCGUAGGUGAUGGGAUCAGAUGUCAGGGGCUUGAAAACCUCUUACUACAGAUUUUCACAGGGGAUGCUGCUCUCCACCCGGUCUCCAUUUUAUAACGCUCCGCUUUUCACAACGCUCCGGAAAGGCUAUAAAAGUGAGAAUAUACAGCAGAAAGGAAUCCCUGGUAGCAGAACAACGAAUUUUAAGCUGCCACAAUCACUGCACUAGGUGCUUGAGUCUGCCCAGCCAUUUUCUUCUUCAUCUCAUCAUUCUCAAGUUUGAAUCGGAGUUG